GAGAGAGAGAGAGGGUGGUGGACUGGGUUAGUUUCCCGGAUGGAGAUCCAUCGCCAUCUUUAGUCCAGUGCUGCCGGUGGAGUGGGGACGCGCUGCUGCUGCUGCUCCGCCAGGAACCGCCGAUCGACUCACGCAGACUCGCCCGCCGCCGAGCCGCUUCUCCACAGCCAGUGCAGACACCGCCACGCCGGCUCCGAGCAGACAUGGGAGACCGAGAGGACUUGGUGUACCAGGCCAAACUGGCCGAGCAGGCUGAGAGAUACGACGAAAUGGUGGAGUCCAUGAAGAAGGUAGCCGGUAUGGAUUUGGAAUUGACAGUAGAAGAAAGGAACCUACUAUCUGUUGCAUAUAAAAACGUGAUUGGUGCCAGGAGAGCAUCGUGGAGGAUAAUCAGCAGUAUUGAACAGAAGGAAGAAAACAAGGGCGGAGAGGACAAAUUAAAAAUGAUCCGGGAUUACAGGCAAACGGUUGAAACUGAGCUGAAAUCCAUCUGUAACGACAUUCUGGAUGUACUGGACAAGCACCUCAUUCCAGCUGCAAACACGGGAGAGUCCAAGGUUUUCUACUACAAAAUGAAAGGUGACUACCACAGGUAUCUGGCAGAGUUCGCCACAGGGAAUGACAGGAAGGAGGCUGCAGAGAACAGUUUGGUAGCUUACAAAGCUGCUAGUGAUAUCGCAAUGACAGAACUUCCACCUACGCACCCUAUCCGUUUAGGCCUGGCCCUGAAUUUCUCCGUAUUUUAUUAUGAAAUCCUCAAUUCCCCUGAUCGUGCAUGCAGGUUGGCAAAGGCAGCAUUUGACGAUGCCAUUGCAGAACUGGACACAUUGAGUGAAGAAAGCUACAAGGACUCCACGCUCAUCAUGCAGUUGUUACGUGAUAAUCUGACACUAUGGACUUCAGACAUGCAGGGAGAUGAUUCCUAAAGGAAAAAAAACAACUGUUCAUUCCCUAUAAAAACUGUACUUUGUGAAGAACAGAACAAAGAAGCGCUGCAAGAUGUGGAAGAUGAAAACCAGUGAAACUUCACAGCCAACAAGAGAUCCACUUCUACUGCUCCUGUCCCCCACCCCUGGAGAGCCACCAUCCCACCUGUCUCACUGGCUCUCUGUUCGCUCAGUCCCUCCUUGGGCCUCUUAGGGGUUUUUCCAUUUUGUCCAGUUGGGAUUUUUUUUUAUUUUUAUUUUUUAAAUUACCCAGUCUGUACGCAAAUAGAAAACUGAGAACUUCAAACAGGCAAAGCUAAAGUGUCCCUGGAUUUUUUUUCCUGGUACAAGCUGUCUUGAUAUUCUUAAAGGAUACACCCCUAUAUUGGCUUUUGUUUUUUUUUUUGUUUUCAGCAUUUUUAUCACUUGCUGGAUGUACGUUUUUCGUAUCAAAACAAAACGUUGAUUACCAACACAUCUACUAUAAUAAGAUGUGGGGAUUGUAAUGUUUCUGUGUUAGUGAAGCCAUCAGUUGCAGAUUAGAGUAUAAGAUGGGCAUCAAGUUUAGAUGGUGCCCUUUGUUGUUAAUCUUCUGUUGCCAUUUUUCAAAGGAAGUUGGCAGAAUUUUGAAUAUCAAAGUGGAGCAAAAAUACAUAAAUCUUUUAACAACUUAGUGAUUAUUGUAAUGUUUUGUAGUGUUUUGGACUGUAUAUUGUGCUAAAAUACUGUAUUUGCACACAUUCUUGCUGAUUUCAGAAGAUGGCUGGUAGCAGUUUUAAAAAUCCAAAGGAGCCCUGUUGCUUUGUUCCCUUUUACUUUGCUCCUCUAAAAGCAGGUCUACAUUGGCAGUUCUAAGAGAAAACCAAGAACAAAAGUUAAAAGCCUGCAUGUGUUCAAAUUCAAUCUUAUUUUUUUUCUUCCUUUCCCCCCUUUCUACUUCCUCUCUUCCGUUCAGUAUGUGUAACUUGAAGCUAAUUUGUACUACUGGAUAUCUGACUGGAGCCACAGAUACAGAAUCUGUAUUGUUCUUACUGAAACACAGCAUGGAAUUAACAUUAAACUUAAAAUAAAACAACCUAAAUUAAACAUUCA